ACAAAGAUAAACCCUUAUAUUUAUUGAAGCCUCUGUGACCCAGUCAUUUGUUGAAAAAGGGGUCUUUUAUUUUGAAUAUAGAGAAAUGGCGGCCUCUAUGCUGAAGGUUGCAGUGACCCGUCUGUCGAGAUGUGCGCAGCACUGCUCUCCAGCAGUUCGGAUGUUCUCUUCAUCCCCACCCCAUAGCCAGGGUGUUCCAACAGCACUGUGGAAGUUGGGCAGGCUGAACCAUGUGGCCAUCGCAGUCCCGGACCUGCAGAAGACCACAGCUCUGUACCGUGAUGUGCUUGGCGCCCACGUAAGCGAUGUCGUGCCGUUACCAGAGCACGGGGUUUACACAGUGUUUGUGGAGCUGGGCAACACCAAACUGGAGCUUUUGCAUCCUCUGGGUGAGAAAAGUCCUAUCGCAGGAUUCCUGCAGAAGAACAAAUCUGGAGGAAUGCAUCACAUCUGCUUUGAGGUUGAUGAUAUAAACGCAGCAAUCGGGGAUUUGAAGGCAAAGAACAUCAGGCUGCUCUCACCAGAGCCACGGAUAGGAGCUCAUGGAAAACCUGUGAUGUUUCUCCACCCUAAAGACUGUGACGGUGUUCUUGUGGAAAUAGAGCAAGCAUAGAGUCGACCCACGUGCCUCUCAAAGGCAAACGCUCUGCUAGAGAGGGAUAUUCCUUUAUAAGCUGCUUCUGAGGGAGGAGAGUGAAUAUGAGGUGAAGGUUCAGGUUCUCUCGUAUAGUGUGUGAUUUUUUUUUUUUUUUUUUUUGUGAUUAUGCCCUGCUGUGUGGUCUGUAACAUCGAUCUUUAGCUGAUUGAAGUACAGUAAAGGCUAAAAUGACAUGAUUGUAGUAUAAAAAUGAAUAAAUCUGCUUUCUAUGAAAACACCAACAGAAAGAAGCUUGUAAUCCACACACUUUUCAAUAAAGGUGACGAUGCAGAUGUUUUAGAUUUCGUAGAAGUAUUCGGAAAACAAUACUAACAUUAAACAUGGGUUUAACUGAAGAUGUCUGCAGAAGUUUAGGCUCCCCUGGUCAAAUGACUUGUUUCGUUGAUUUUCUAAGUUAAAACAUCCUCUACAGAGACACAGUUCUGCAGAUUUUAAUGCAACAAUGCUGUUUAUUUGUUGAUAACAUAUCAGAAAAAAAUAAAACAAAUAAUAAAAUAACAAUUUGAAACUGUGCACUAAAAUUAGUAGAAAAAUCCCGUGUUUAAGUCUGUUCUCUGAGAGGAUAUAUUAACUUAUUUUCAUGUAGAAAAUUAACUAAACUAAUCUGAUGAAUUAUUCUAAUGGGGGUGCUGAAACAUUUGCAUAGAGCUGGACCAAUUGAUCUGUUCUUACAGUCAUUAUGAAUGUAGCUUAAAUCCUAAAUUUGAAUUAUUAAGGUUACCGAGCAGUGAUGUUAUUAUCCUUCCGUGUUGUUAUGAUGCAGAUUUCUGUAUUUUGGACAUUCCACUCGUUUGAUGCGAAAUGCUUCAUUGUAGAGAAACGUACCUACUUAGAUUUCCUUACAGUGGUGGUGAUAGGAACCAGGAGUCACCAUGACUACAACACAAAUAUCCUUUUUAUUUAUCUAUCUAAACCACCAGUGAAGCCACACGUGUCGUCUGAGUUUUGACGGUGAAGUUAAGGACUGUAAAAUAGACAUAAAUCUGAAAAUAAAAGUUUCUUUUCGAUACUG